UCGUGGCUUCUCCUAUUUGGCUCACCGGAGACCAGAGGAAAGAAGAAGAAGACGAGCGACGGCGAAAAUGGCGGAGGAGCAGAAGAAGCCAUCCAGGUUCUGGAUUUGGGCUAUGGCUUCCGUGAUUUUCCGGUUGAUUUUGAUCCUUUUCCAAGAAAAUCUCAACUUGUCUUCCCGUCCGGAGGUCUCCACCCCUCUCACUAGCCUCCGCCGCCUAGCUGAAGGGUACUGGUUGAAGCAGUCAUCGAUGUCUCCAUAUGCAGGAUCUAUGUAUCAUGGUUCGCCUUUGCUGCUUUCGGUUCUCGGACCACUCACUGUCAAGAGGAUUGAAGGGCUUCCAAAUCAUGUUUUGUGCAGCCUGGUUUUUGUUAUUGCAGAUAUAUUUAGCGCUCUGCUACUUCGGGCUACUGGUCAGAAACUCCAGAUGGCUUAUGGAAUGAAUUCGAGGUUACUUGGCCUUCUCAAGUCAUCAAGGGAUAGAGGGAUCCUCCCUUGUGGAGAUAUUGCUGCGUUCAUGUACUUGUGGAAUCCUUUUACCAUAUUUUCUUGUGUGGGCUUAUCAACUUCUCCGAUCGAAAAUUUGGCUGUCAUAUUAUCACUUUAUGGAGCAGUUACUAGACGAGUUCCUCUAGCUGCAUUUGGGUUAGUCAUGGCCACACAUUUAUCCCUUUACCCAGCAACUCUGGCAAUCCCGAUAACCAUUUUAUUGGGAUAUGGUUUAGAUGCACCUCCUCUAAAAUUGUUCCUUCAUACACAACCCAUGAAAGAUGAGGACAGUUCAACUUCUGCCACUUCUACACAAAGCAAACCGAAACGAAAUACACGAAUUCCCUUCUUAUGGAGAACUGUCAUGCAUUUCGUGUUUUGGGUAAUGGUGUGGUCUCUCUAUGUGUUAGUUUUAUGCGGCUUAUCAUUAAAGCAGCAUGGUGGGCUUGAUGAGAUGUUCAAGAGGACAUAUGGUUUCAUUCUCAGUAUUGAAGAUCUAUCACCAAACAUUGGAGUCUUUUGGUACUUCUUUGCAGAAGUAUUUGACUUCUUCAGAAACUUUUUUCUGGUAGUUUUCCACGUAAAUAUUUUGUUUAUGUUACUGCCUCUGGCCAUUCGGUUGAAACAUCGGCCCUGCUUCCUGGCUUUUGUGUAUGUAGCGAUCUCCUCAAUUCUUAAAUCUUAUCCUUCGGUUGGGGAUUCAGCUUUGUACUUGAGUUUGUGGGCAUUGUUUGUCAAUGAAUUAGCAGACAUGAAGUUCUCGUUCUUCCUCUUCUGCGGGUAUCUCGGGAUAUCACUCCUAAGCCCGGUGAUGCAUAACCUUUGGAUAUGGAGGGGCACAGGGAAUGCAAAUUUCUACUUUGGGAAUGCCAUCGGAUACGCUUUCUUUCAGAUUGUGUUCGUGGUGGAAAGCGUAAGCGCGAUGCUUAACCACGACCGGAAGUUGAAGAGAUUUACUUCAAAUGCAAGUGUUCAAGAGGUCAAGAACUGAAGAAGCAGCUGCUUCCAGUUUCUGUCUUGUUUCAUAAGUGUGAUUUCCCAAACGCCAAACGCCAAAACAUGGAUUUCAUAUUUGUUUGUUGUCAUCAACGAUGUUUACACAAUUUCUACUUUUUUUUUUUUA